AUGACACUGCUCUCCCUCCCUCCUUCUGCAGUUCAUGGAGACUUCUUCCCCUUCGACGGGCCCAAGGGUGUCCUAGCACACGCCUUUGAGCCUGGAGACAACAUGGGGGGAGACGUACACUUUGAUGACGAUGAAAUAUGGAGAACGGGACACAGGAAACCAGGCUUUAACCUGUUGACUGUGGCCGUCCAUGAGCUUGGUCACUCCCUCGGCCUUUCCCACUCUAAAGACCCCUCUGCCCUCAUGUACCCCAAGUAUAAAAGGUUCUCCUUAACUAGCCCCAGACUGCCUACAGACGACACACUUGCAAUUCAGGCACUCUAUGGAAAGCGCAUCACGAAACCAGAAACUCCAACCAUCCCCAAAAAAUGCCAGCCCAACUUUUCUAUUGGUGCUGUGACGAUGCUUGGGAAUGAGAUUCUUUUCUUCAAGGGCAGUUCCGUGUGGCUAAGGACGCCAUGGAUGACGUCCUGGAGCAGAGUGAAAGAGGGUCUCAUAAGCACACUUCUCCCCAGUGUUAGAUCUGUGGAUGCUGCUUAUAACAUCCCACACACCGGUGUCACCUUCGUCUUCACGGGUCCUAAAUACUGGAUGGUUCAAAAGCUUAAGAUGAAAAGUUACGGCGGCUCAAUCUAUGAUUAUGGAUUCCCUACGACUGUGAAAAAAAUUGAUGCUGCUGUUCAUUUGAGAGAAUAUAAGAAAACCUAUUUCUUCACAGGACAUGUUUAUUACAGAUAUGACGAAGCUCUGAGUGUUAUGGAUUCUGGAUUUCCUCGUAAAAUCCAGUCUGAUUGGCCAGGUAUUGGGGAUAAAGUUGAUGCAGCUUUUCAGUUCAGAGGUAAAAGGAUACUGAGCUCCACCAUAUAG